AUGGUAAUCUUUCUGUCUAAGAAAGGGCCUCGUGAGAGCGACCUCUACUUCGGUGACAAUGCGACUCAACAAAGGCGCACGAUUACUUCCGCCAAGUGGCACGGACCUCCGAUCGAAUUUCCUCGUCUUCUUCGAGAAAACGCUGCCGUGACUGAUAACUCUGGCGCCGUCCUCCUUUGUCCGUCACCUCCAAGUCUGAUUCUGGCCCAAGUGGCAGUAAACGUUUAUCGGAAGGACAAGUCCCGGGUAUUUCAGACUGACCUGAACUAUGGUAUGCUGAAUCCCGCGGACGGAGUUAUGCUUUUAAAACAGGGAUUUUGGGCCACAAAAAUCAAUUGGCGUUACUAUUUCCGAGAAAAGCCUUAUGAGUGUACUUGGGAAGGUUGUACUUGGAAAUUUGCUCGCUCUGAUGAACUCACUCGACACUUCCGAAAACACACAGGGCAAAAACCAUUCAAGUGUCAUCUAUGCCAACGAUCCUUCUCAAGAUCGGAUCAUCUGUCCCUGCACAUGAAGCGACAUUAGUCUAUUUAUAUAUCAAGCUUUCUAAAGUACAAAUCACUGUAAGAAACAGUUUAAAAAUGAAGUGUAGUAAAUAAUACACUUGAUAAACAAAUUGUGUUAUAGCACAAUACUUAUUGCAUUUUGUCCACUUUUUUCCUAGUGAAAUGAAACAUAUUUUAUUGACUCCAAUGUUUCUAUCCACCAUAGACCAAAAUUAGCAAGUAUUGCUAGCUCUGUUAACCAAAAUAGUAGUUGAUAUUUUUAAAGAUUUGAGAGUUUAAUAAUGCCCGGUAAGGGAAAGACAAAAAAAAUCACAAUCCUGUUAUGUUAUUUACUUAAACUAGAAUAUUUUUAGUAAUACAGACUUAUACAGCAUUGAAUAUCAUUUUUAGACUUAUCAACUGUUGAUCUUAUAGAUUUUUAGUGGUUGUUGUUUUAGAUAUUAUCUCAGAAUUCAACAUUAAAGUCUAUCUAAUAAAUGGUUUAAUCUCAUGACACCUUAAGUAUAUAUAAACUUGACAUUUUUCUUCUAACAUUAGUGUAUCCAUUUCGUUCGUCUAAAGAUAUCAUUUACGUUUUUAAAAUGUUAAUAAUAAAUUUAGUUCUUUAGCAUUAAGUUAAGCAGCAUAAUAAUUUCAUUGGAUUGCUUUAUUGGUGCAUUUUUAUUUUCAGUAAAAUACUUCAUUUAAUGGAGUUAUUUAAUAGUUUUAAUAGAUAGUAAAUAUAUCAGAUGCUUAGUUUAAGUUAUAAAGGGAUUCAUGGGUAUUAAUUAUUAUAUUUAUUGUACAGGAAUCAUGUGAAUAUUGUGAUUAUGUAAAUAAAUAAAUUUUUAUUGAAAAAGGAAGGGAACCAAUGUUCAGUAAUAUAAAUGUUUGAUAUUGUUAAAGAUUUGUUGUGUUAUUUGUUUUAUGUAUAUUUUUAUAUAUUUAUAACAGAUUAAAUUUAUUAAUAGUAUUUAAGGAGCUAAUACCAAUGUCAAAAUAGGGCAUUACAAAUGAAAUUAAUACUUUGGAAUAUUCUAGAAUCAUCUUCAUAUUUUUAAAAUAAAAGAAAACUUAUCAAUUGUAAAGAAUAAAACGACUAAAAAGAGUAAUUAAAUUAAGACAAGGUUAUUUGAGUUUGUAUUAACAAUAAAAUAGCAGUAAAAAAUUAUAUGUACAUUCAAUAGUUCAGUUUAGGGAUGUUGUGAAAAUAUAUGAUAAUACGUUACGUUACAUUUGAGAAAAGUUUCAUUGUUAAUAAGAAAUUAUUUCUUAUAUCUGUGUCUUGGUGCUAAAAGGGUCUAGUUAAAAGAAAAUUUGGUUUUCAUGAGAGCUUCGACUCCUUACAAGACGAUUGUGAUAGUUAAAUCAUGCAAAGCGUCAUAGGUUAGGUAAUUUUAUAAAAUAAUUUUUAGUUUUUGUGGGAAAACAACUAGAAUUGAUAUUCAGAAGAAGUUCACAACUUGGGUUAUGAUAAGUUAACCAUUACUUUUUACUUUAUUAAAAAAAGAAUUUUCAAAAUAAAUACAUUUAUAAUAUUGAAUAGGAGGUGAGCUUUUACUUAAGUGAAACAAUAUAUAAAUGGUAUAUUCCAUAAAGGCUGCAAUUGACAAUUUAAAUGUGUACUUUUUAAAUCAGAUUUUGUGAUCUUUUCUAUUUAUUCACAUUCAGGUUGUUAAAUAUUUGUCUCCUUUCUAGGUGUAAAACUUUUAAAGGCGCUAAUUUCUUUCUGUUUCAUUGUAGAUUUAUAAAGAAGCUAAAUAAUUAUUCAGAUAAAAAUGAGCAAAAAUUGUAGGUUUAAAAACUGUUGCUUACAAGAUUUAUAUCUGCUGUACGACCAUUUCAUUUCAAAUAAUCCAAACUAAAUUUAAAACUAAAUCUAUGGCCAUGGAUUGCCAUAAUUUUUCAAAUAUUUUUUAUGUAAAAUCUGAGAACAGGGGCUUCAUAUCCUGAGCGAUUUGAUAUGAAUUGACCUUUUGAUUAUAUGAUUAACUUCAGUUAUAUCAUAUCAGAUGAAGUGGCUAUAUGCUAUGACAAAAAUCUGAAAUCUUAACCUCCAAAAAAUUACAUAAAAUUAAAGUUAAUAUUAAUCUCUCUAAUACAAUUUAUAAUGAGAAAACGUACAGUUGAACCUCUAUUUAUUAAAUUGAAUUGUUUCUAUAAAACAUUUAAAGUAUAAUAAUUGAAUUUUUUUUUAAUCCAGAGAUGUACCUAAUUUAGUUAGUUUUUUUUUAGGACUAGAGGGUUUCUUAUUAGAUUAAAAGUAAAUAACAUGAAAUAAACAAUCAAGGACAUGUGUUUAUUUAUGGAUUUUUAUUUAUUAAAUUAUUUAUUUUGUGCAAUGAUUAUUAUUUACAUAUGAACUAUGUUCAUAAAUAUUAAAUAGAAGAAUGUAAUGAUGCCAUACUUUUGUAAUAUCCACAAAAAAGUUCUUAUAAUCCUACAUCUUACAGACCAGCUAACGCCAUACUCCAACUUUACAUUUGAAAAUAAAAUAAAAUACAUUGGUCUCUAAACAUGCUUGUUCAAGACUUCUAUCUGAUGACAUUAAUGAAAAAAUAUAUUGCUAAACAAAACAUAUCAUGUUCGGAGGAGAUAAAAACCCCCAAAUUUAACAAGGCUCGCAUCUAUGGUUGAUUUAAAAAUAAAUGUUAUUAAGCCAACUGUGUUCUAAUAAUAAAGCUGUUUUAAGAAUAACAUUUUUUAAUUUUACUUUUUGGUCAAUCCGUUUGUUACACUAUUCGUCCUACAAUGCAGCAUGGCUUGAGUACCAAACGAGGGUAAUCAGAGGAAAUUUACUGAAUGUCAAAACGAAUGAAUAUAAUGAUCGAUCCUUUUUUUUUUCUAAU